AUGUCGAAAAAAUUCGAUUUAUGGUUGCCGGCCGGUUCAAAUGGUCAUAGUGUUUCGGGAGAUCCGAUGGGUAGGUGAAAUAUGUUAGGAUUUUUGACGUUUCUUUGAAAAAUUUGAAUUUUCAUGAAAUUUGGGGAAUUUUGACACCAAACAUGACUUAUUUCUGGUAAUUUUUGAAUUUUUCACUAUAGGUAGGGAAAAUAUGUCAGGAUUUUUGACAGCCUUACGGUAGGAGAAGGCGGAUAGGAUUUUUGACCAGAAAUUCGAAUUUUUCAUGAAAUUUGGGGCUUUUUGACACCAAACACGAUCUAUUUUGAAGAAAAAAAAUGUUUGGUCAAAAAUCCUGACAUAUUUUCACUACUAUAGUGAAAAAUUCAAAAAUUUUCAGAAAUAUGUCAUGCUUGGUGUCAAAAUUCCACAAAUUUCAUGAAAAAUUCGAAUUUUCCCAAUUUUCAGUGAAAUUUUAAUUUUCAGCCAAAAAAAAACUGAAAUUAAUUUCAGCUCAUCACAUUUUCAUGCGAUGUCUUUUUCACGCAAAAUUCGACGAAACUCUGAAAUUCGACGUUAAAACUGUGAAUAUCAAUAAGAAAUCGGCGGAAUUUUUGAAGGUUGGUGAAUUUUUCGUGGGGUUGUCAAAAAUCUUGACAUAUUUUGCCUACAUAGUGAAAAAUUUGAAAGUUAUUGAAAAUAUGUCAUGUUUGGUGUCAAAAAGCCCCAAAUUUCAUGAAAAAUUCAAAUUUUUGGUCGAAAAUCCUGUCGGUCUUCUCCUACCGUAAGGCUGUUGAAAAUCCUAACAUAUUUUGCCUACUAUAGUGAAAAAUUUGAAAUUUCUUCAUGUUUGAUAUCAAAAAUCCCCAAAUUUCAUGAAAAAUUCAAAUUUCGCGCUCAAAAUCAUGACGACCUUCUCCUACGUCAAAAAUCUUGACAAAUUUCACCUACUUUAUCAAAAAAUCCCAUUUUCAGACCGGAAUUCGUCGAAUUCCAGCCAUUCAAACCUGUGAAGCUGAAAUUUUCGAAACCGAAGACGAAAUUCUCGAUUUUCUCGAAGUUUUCCCGCCAAAAAGAGCUGAUGACGUGGAAGCGGAAGAAGUGACGUCACAGAUUUUCGCAAAAUUCGCGCGAUUUUUGAAAAAUGUGGAUAAGAAUGUGGAGAAUUUGCGGCAAGAGCUCGAAAAAUUGGAGAAUUUUUUAAAAACAAACCAAAAUUUUUUGAUUUCUCAAAAUUUGGAGCAUUUGGAUUGUUUGGUCUUGACACGAUUGCAUUCGAUUAAAAUUGCCGCGAAAUUCUUGAAAAAUUUGGACAUUUUUGGCGGAAAUUUCGGAAAUUGUGAAAAAUACCUGAAAAACGGCUAUGAAUUGGAGGAAUUUCGGCAAAGUUGCCCCGCGGAUCAAGAAAUUAUCAUACAUUGGAGUGAAUUGCAUGAUGCACCGAAAUUGGCGCCGAAAUUACGCGCCGAAUUGGCGAGAGAAGAACCCAGAUUCAGUUUUUGA